UUUGAUUGGGUAAGCAAAAGCCCCAAAAGAAAAAAAGCAGAGCAAAGGCGUCUUCUUCUUCUUCUCCAUUGGCUUGCUUCGUCUCUCUCUUUACUUUACUAUUGAGGAAACAAAAAUCCUCAUCUCGCCCGGAGAAAAUAGCUCUGAGAACUGCCUCUCUCUCUCUCGCUCUCUCUCGCUCUCUGUGUCCCUCUUCUCUUCCUUCUUGAGGAGAGAUAAAUAUAUAACAACGGUGGUGGUGGUACUCUUUCUCUUUUACGAUUCAUUCUUCUGAUUGGAUUAUUAUUUCAUAGGCUCAUCCUGCGGUUUUAUUCCUUUUUGGAGCUUUUUGUAGUCUAGUCUUAUUACAGGAGAUUCAAUUAGAUUUUGGAACUAACCAACAUAAGGUUCUUGUGAUUUGGAUGGUUUUGGAUUAGAAGGGGUUUUCAUUAUUGAAUACAGUACAUAAAUAAAUAAAUAUGAGUGGCGGCGAUGAUGAGACUAGUAGUCAUCAUCAUCAUAAUGGAUCAUCGUCGGGGGCUCUGACGAUUGACCAAAGUCUGCUUCUCGAUCCCAAAUUAUUGUUCAUCGGCUCCAAGAUUGGCCAAGGCGCUCACGGCAAAGUCUACCAAGGAAGCAGGUAUGGUAGCGAGAUUGUUGCUAUCAAAGUUGUCCACCGCGGCACCAAACCUGAUGAGAAAUCUUCCCUCGAGAGCCAUUUCAUCCGCGAAGUCAAUAUGAUGUCCCGAGUUCAACACCCUAAUCUUGUCAAGUUUAUUGGAGCCUGCAAAGACCCUCUCAUGGUGAUAGUGACUGAGCUGCUCCCAGGGUUGUCCCUCCGUAAAUAUCUUGCCACCAUCCGUCCUCAGCUGCUCCAUCUCCCUCUUGCUUUGUCCUUUGCCCUUGACAUUUCCCGCGCCUUGGACUGCUUACACGCCAAUGGUAUCAUUCACCGAGACCUCAAACCUGACAACUUGUUGCUCACGGAGAAUCACAUAUCCGUCAAGCUUGCCGAUUUUGGGCUUGCUAGGGAAGAAACCGUUACAGAGAUGAUGACCGCUGAGACUGGGACUUACCGUUGGAUGGCUCCUGA